AAGUUGGGUGAGCAGCUCAGCUCAAUGUAGUUGAGUGCUCCGAUUUAGAGUUUCUAACGUUGACGCCGGGAUUGACCUCUGCAAUGGUGAAUCAUAGACUUAGCCUUCGCGCCUUCCUUUGGCGGAGAGCGUGUGCCAAGAGGGACUGGGCAAUCGUCGCCGUUUGUGUCGCCCUCCUCCUCUUCGCUCUCACCUUCGUCUUCGAUGAUGGAGCCAUUAGCACGGACCUCACCUCCGCCGACGAUCUGGUUCCCUUGACCUUGCUGCGGAACGCCAAAUCUACAGGCGCUUUUUGCUUGGACGGAAGUUUGCCUGCGUAUCAUUUUCAGAAGGGUUUUGGAUCCGGCGCCGACAAUUGGCUUCUCCACAUUGAGGGAGGAGGGUGGUGCAACACAAUAGAAAAAUGUUCCUAUCGAAAAACAACAGCAUUGGGUUCUUCAGAUCAUAUGGAACGCUUUGUUAAAUUUGCUGGUAUUUUGAGCCGUGACCCAUCUCAAAAUCCUGAUUUCUUUAACUGGAACAAAGUGAAAAUUCGUUACUGUGAUGGUGCUUCUUUAGCGGGCCACCCAGAAAGUGAGCUCAAAAAUGGAACAAGGCUAUUUUUUAGAGGCCAGCUAAUUUGGGAGGCAGUUAUGAAUGAACUCUUGUCACUCGGCUUGUCUAAAGCAAAACAGGCACUUCUUUCUGGAUGCUCUGCUGGAGGGUUGGCAACGCUCAUACAUUGCGAUGACUUUCGAGAUUUUCUGCCGAAUAGUGCAACUGUCAAGUGUCUUGCUGAUGCAGGUUUUUUCCUUGAUGAGCUGGAUGUUCUUGGAAAUCACACCAUACAAUCUUUCUAUCAUGAUGUUGUCUCCCUUCAGGGUGUCUCAAAAAGUUUGCCCAAGGAUUGUGUUGAUAUAAUGGAAUCAUCCAAGUGUUUCUUUCCUCAAGAAAUUAUUAAAAAUGUCAAAACCCCCUUAUUCAUUGUCAACCCAGCUUAUGACUUUUGGCAGAUACAAAACAUAUUAGUGCCUGAUGCAUCAGUUUCUGAUGGCUACUGGAAGAGAUGCAGACUGAAUAUUCAUAAUUGUAAUCCAAACCAGAUUGAAAUACUACAAGGUUUCCGUGGGUCGCUGCUAAAGGCACUGGGUGAAUUCCAGCAGACCAAGGAUGGUGGCAUGUUCAUAAAUUCUUGUUUUAUUCAUUGCCAAACAUUGGUGGCUGACACAUGGCAUUCCCUUAGUUCCCCAAGGAUCAACAAUAAGGUUAGUUCAUCUGACUCUGGCAUAUAAACAUACAUUAAUUUUGUAUCACCAUGAUCUGAACUUUACUGUUUAAUUUACACUCACUGCAUCCAUGGACUAUGAGGCACAAACAUUAAUUGUUUACUUGUCCAUCAUGUGAUUGUUUGACGGAAGCUUGCGAAGAUAUUUACAUCUUGUUUGGAUUUCCAUUACUCACAGCAAUGUUUACUGGCAUUAUUCUUUUUCAAACAGACCAUUGCUGAGUCCGUAGGUGAUUGGUACUUCAACAGGAAAGUGACAAAGCUAAUUGAUUGCCCUUACCCAUGCAAUCCCACUUGCUAUAACAUGGACUUCAGUCAAAGUUUAUGAAGCUACCUACAGAGAUGGUUUCCUUCAUAUGGUUUAUUCAGCUCAACUUCUCCUCUUCUGAAAUAGCCUGGUGGAUUGUGCAUGGAUAUGUACUCUGAAAUCUAAAUGUUCUGCUCUCGCUCUUCCUCGUGUACCCGAAACAGAACUCGUUAUUGUUCCUUGUAAAGGCGAUAUUUUUUAAUAGAGAUAAUGAAGUUUA